GUUCUAAUCGAGGUUGUGGGUUUGUUCAUAUGUAGAUUCGAUCGGUUGGUGUGGGUUUGGUUUUGAGAUUUCUGCUUCGGUGAGGUUGCUCUAGUCUUAUAGAUCGUUGUGACAUUAUAGAGAUUACAUAUGCAGGUGUGAGUUGCUUCUUGGGUUAUUUAUAUUUUUUUUAGUUCUGUUCUUUGAUGGGUGGGUUCGGAUUGGGGGUUUUACGGAUUUAAAUCGAAUUGUUAGGGUCUGUGUGCGCAACGAAGUUGGCUGAAACGUGAAAGUAUUCACCUUCAUCGCUUUUUUGGUUUCCAAUACUGAACAUGUAUGUAGUUUUACGGUGUAGGUGAGCCUCGUCCCGUCAGUUCUUGCAUGUGUUGUUUUUUUUUUGUCUUUUAGAUGCUUGGAUGAAGUGAUGUCUGAUCAGGAGCGUUGUUAUCUUCGAUGCGAUCUGUGUGACUUUAUCAUGUUUGGCUUAUGUUGUUGCUUUAGGAUUUCCGUUGCAAAUUCUUCUGUUGAGUAUCCGAGAACUGCAAUGAUUCGAUCUAAGGUCAUGUUGCUAAAAUUUUGUUUUUUCUUUCUUGUAAAAUUUGGGUUUGCCUGAGACGCGUUGGCAUGAGAUACUUGAGUAUACAUAAAUCAGUAUUAGAGAGAUUGGAAGCCGCAUGUUGCUCAUAAUGUUUUCUAUUAUCUAGAUUGUCGUCACCUAAGAAUUGUGUUUUCUGUGUCCACUUGCCAUGUCCAGAACUUCAGAUGGUGGAUUAUAACUCACCGAGAUAUGUGUUGUAAUUAAUUUUAGGAAAAAAAUCUCUUCCAUGUUGCAAGAGAUGCGCUUUUUCAUCUGGUUGGACAAUUAUGGUUCUUAAUGUGGCUUUACACUAGUAGAUACCUGUUUGUCUGUCUUCAUUUUUAGAAACUGAUUAUUUUGCGUAAGACACGGAGAUUGAGUGGGAGAUACAACGGGAGAGGAGAGUGGGGUGGCGUCUGGUUUGUUGGUGUUUGGUCUAUGGAGCAAGAAAUAAGGGUAGGGGUAUGGGCCCAAACGGAAGGCCCAAAUUGUUCUUUUCCUAUUUUAUGCUACUUUUUUAUUCGUGACGAAUUUGUUGCUUUUUAAGACAAUUGGUUGCCUAAUUGCUCAAUAAGCAUCGUCACACAUGGGAAGUGACUUACCUUGCCACCCUGGCAAGGACACUCAGUUGUUUAUUGUUCGUGCUUCUUUAAGGCUUUACACCAGUACUAACCCACGCAUGGAGACAAUUUUAUGUUGCAUAAUGCAGGAAGGAAAUCACUUGCAAGUUCCGUAUUGCUUUUAACUGAACUUCCAUUCUACAUGCAAAUUUUUGCAAUUGUCGUGGUGUGGCCAUGCAGCUGACCCGGUCAAUAUUAUGUUUGUGUACUUUUAUUAUUUUAUUUGUACCCAAAAAUGUUUUUAGUGCCUCCUAUCUCUUCCAUGGUUUGGAUUUUUUUGGACACCUCGGUUGUUUUUAUUUUUCUUUGCAAAUUGUUGGAAAAAGCUUUGGUUCUAUUCAGGUUUGCCAAUCACACCCCAGGAGCAUUUUGGUAAUUCUGCAUCAUUAUCUGUGGGACCACCGGGCCUCCUGCUUAAUGGUACGGGAGAGUUGGAUGAAUGGCAAUUUGGACCGAGCAGAGUUCAUAGUGUUGGUGCAACCACGAACUACACUGCAUUUGAUAUGGGCUCCCUUUGGACAGAUGUGGAAAUGGACAGUGCUGAAUUUCGCAGGCAUGUCCAGAACCGUUUCGUGUCGAACAUGGAAAAGAUGAAUCCUUAUGGCAGUAGGGACCUUAAUGCUUCCUAUGUCUCUGAUUCUGAUCUUUCAGAUGCUUUAUCUGGAUUGAGGCUGUCUAAUGCUGCAGUAAUGGAUGAAAGGAAUCAUGAGGAAGAGUUACUAGAUGAAAUACUCAAACGUCGAAGAGAUUUCUCCACUAAGAUUGGUGAUGAUAACCGAUCUGCUUUGGCUGCUAAUGAUUUUUGCACACCUAGGUCUGAGCGUUUCAAUGUGCGUCCGCUGCCAAUAUGUGGAGAUGGUAUUUUACGCAGGCAGACCAGUACAUUAGAUGGUUCCAAUGCUUCAAGGAUUAGUCGCCAUCACAUCAAGGAUGCCGAUCACUUAUCUGUUGCUGAACAGCUUGCUAUGAUGCGAUCGGGCAACUUGCACAGAGAGGCCAAUCUUUUUCGCAAUGCAACUAUGACAAAUAUGAUCAACCCCAGGAGCAAUAGAUACAACAGCAUUACAGACUUGGAUUUGGUUAGGAAUCAAAAGGCAUUCCGUGAGGAUCUUUAUGCUCAUCAAUAUCUGCAGGGUGAUAGUCUCUUUCAACCAGCAUCUGGCCUCUCAUAUAACGAUAGCAGGUUCUAUCAUGAUGAGCCUUGUUUUCCCUAUUCAAGAAUGCAAAGAUCAGGAUCCCAUUUUCGUCCAAACUCAGGGACCAUUCCAUCUCAUGGUGAUCGGCAAUCACAGUUCUUCCCUUUCAAUAAAAAGGCGACUGGUAGAAAUACGGGACCACAUGUCUAUCAUGAUAGCACAGUAGCAAACUACCUGGAAGUGCUAUCUUUGGAUAAUGCAGAUAGAAAUGGGGCUGAUUCAGUGGAGUUGGUUGAUGUAGUGGGCCGCGUAAAGGAAGUUAGUAUGGAUCAAUAUGGAAGCCGGUUUAUUCAACAAAAACUAGAAAAUGCAUCAGGCGAUGACAGGGAGGAAAUCUUCCCAGAGAUAUUAUCCAAUGCAAUUGCACUAACAACUGAUGUUUUUGGCAAUUAUGUGAUCCAAAAGUUUUUUGAGUUCGCUACAGAAAGCCAGUUAAUCCAAUUAGCAGAUCAACUCAAAAGUCACAUUUUGGAACUCAGCCUCCAGAUGUAUGGUUGCAGAGUAGUUCAGAAGGUUUUGGAGGUAGUUGAUAUGGAUCGGAAGAUAGAUAUUGUUCAUGAGCUUAAGAAUUUUGUUCUCAAAUGUAUUGCUGAUCAGAAUGGUAACCAUGUAAUUCAAAAAUGCAUUGAGUGUGUUCCUGAAGAUCGCAUUCCGUUUGUCAUAGAGCCUAUUCUUUCACAAAUCUUUGUUCUUUGUACCCAUCAAUAUGGCUGCAGAGUUAUUCAGAGACUUUUGGAGCAUUGCCAUGAUCCAGCGACUCAAAGUGCUAUCAUGGAUGAAAUUGUGCAACACACCUUCCGUUUGACAGAUGAUAAAUUUGGGAACUAUGUUGUUCAACAUGUGCUGCAACACGGGAAGCCAGAAGAGCGUUCAUCCAUUAUUCAGAAGCUCUCUGGACAAGUGGUGAUCUUGAGCAAGCAGAAAUUUGCUUCUAAUGUCAUUGAGAAAUGUUUGGCUUUUGGAACUCCUGAAGAACGUGAUGGCCUUAUUGGAGAGAUCAUUUCUUCUAGUCAAACAUUUCAGGAAUUGAUGAAAGAUCAGUUUGGUAACUACGUUGUACAGAGAGUCCUUCAGACUUGUGAUGACAAGUACCUAGAGAUGAUCCUUAAAAGCAUCAAGUUGCACUUGAAUGAGCUGAAGAAUUACACAUAUGGGAAGCAUAUUGUUGCACGUGUUGAGAAGCUAAUUGUUACAGGAGAAAAACGAGCAAGGUUGGCGUCCAUGAAUUGCCUACAUCAGCAAUCACCGAACUGUACAGAUGUUGACGCUAAUCCUUUUUAAGCAUUGGCCUCAAUACAAGCAUCAGGUGGCACAAGAAAUGUGGAGGUUUCGUUCUGAUACAUUGUGUGAUAUGGUACUUACAGAGAAUCGAGGAGUUAUGUGGCCUGUAUAUAAUCAGGUGUUUUCAGGUACUCGGGUAGUUAGAUGAGGAUUAGGUUUCUGGCACUGUAAAUCCUUUUGGCCAUGUACAAGUUUACAGUGGAUAUAUAGAUGUACAUUGUGCUGGGGCGUUAGUUUUCGGUAGAUGAGCGUCAGUAUGUGAAGCGUUCUGUGUAAUAUAUUUGCGUUUCUGAAGUGGGCAGAAUUCCGUUGCAAAAUCUUUUGAGCUCCAGUUUUGUUGGUCCACAGCAAUGUUUAUUGUAUGGUUGCUUCUGGUC